AUGACCUCCACUCCACAAAGUGGGAAAGAGGAUUUGACAGUGACCAAUAUUGAUUCUUUUGAUAGCAGCCCCAUAUUCUCAACACAAAGUGAGAAGUGUUUGGACAAAUCACUGAUUUGUACAUCAGUUCCCCCAUGGCACAACUGUACCUUCCCCACACUCAGUCUACAAACCAUGGGACUUGUGGGUUCAGUUGGCAACAUCUGUGUGUAUGACUAUGACAUAAACACACUGAAAGGAUCAAACUGGAUAAAUGACCGCAUAAUAGAUGCCUUUCUUGCCUCCAGGGUGAUCAUGGCCAAAGAGCUAGGUCACGAUGGAACAAUUUCCCCACUUACUUGCUACUUCAUGCAGAUAUGUCAAAGAUUGCCAGUGCAAGCUCUGAAGAACUGUUUGAGAUUUGGAGUGCUAAAGAAAGAUGUUUUGAUUAUUCCAGUAAAUGAUAGAGAAGUCCACUGGAUACUGAUAAUCAUUUUUCAAAGGAAGACCAUGCUCUACCUAGAUUCCAAACAUAGAUUGAACCACUCUGUGACUAAUGGAAUAACAUCCUUCUUAGAAUGUCUGUAUGAGAUGGAUUCAAAAUAUCCCUAUAGUUUUGCGGACUGGUCAUUUUUUGCACCAACUGAUAUACCCAGGCAAGGUAAUUUCAGUGACUACGGUCCUUUCACAUGUACCAUUGCCCAUCUGAUUGCUUCUGCUGCCCAAUUACAGUUCAUACAAAAGGAUAUGGCUGCCAUUAGACCCUGGAUUGCAAAAGAAAUAAAACAGUACAGUGGGAAAACCUAUUUUGAAGGACAAGACAAAUAUUUUCAAGUGGAAAUCGAUGCUGUUCCUCCCAAGAAGAGACAAAUCUUGAAAGAGAGUCACAUUACUGUGUCUCGAUCAUGCCCAGAGGGAUGGAAGGAUACACUAACCUGUUGCUCAGAUAUUUUACCUUCCUUGUUUGAAGGCUGCUGGUCACUAUGUUUUUUGAAGGAAGGGGGCAGGAGGCCCGCUGGUGACCUAACUGUGGUUUACUGUGAAGGAAACUGCAAGGACUGGUACCACUGCUUUCGCAUAGGCAUUGAUUCAAAAGAUCUUCCAGAGGUUUUCAUGCGUCCAGACUGUCAAUCCACUGUGGCCAAAUAG